GAUCAUUCAUGUGUGAGUAUUUGUCUUAUCACAAGACGGCAAUUUUAAUUAAUUAACUUGUUUCGUAUUGCUGCAGAAAAUAAAGAUCGGAGUGUCCAAACAUAGCCGAAGCGUAUGCAUUUUGAGCUCGAAAAAGUUUAUUAUUAGUCGAUUAUCAAAGAUCGAAGGUAUCGUACAAUAAAAUCUCAAGUUGGAAACGUUAAAUAGUAUUGAAUUAUCCAUACAACCAUUAUGACAGCUAUGGAGCUGCUCUUCGGAAUACAAAUAGAUCCAGAAACAGUGACAACUAUCACACUGAAUGACGUGAACUUGAAGACCAAAGUGAAGGAACUGAAGCGAAAAGCUGCAAAACGAUGUAACCUGUCUAAUGAUACCUUGGAACUUAUUUAUUGCGGACUUAUAUUGGAGGAUGAUGCUACUAUAGAAUCUAGUGGAUUAAGAAAUGGAUCAUUAGUAUAUGCACUACCGAAGAAAGAAUCAGAAUCACCAGUACCAUUUAAGUACAUACCAGAAGACAGUAUCUUACAGCUUACAUCAGCAUUUAAGUCUUUCAAUGAGACUCCUGCAUUCAGAAGCGCAUUACAUCGCUUGAGUAAAAGGCCAGAGGUUAUAGACAAUAUUAUCUCCUCAUCUCCUGGAUUGCAUGAAGAUUCUGUUGCCAUUGCUAUGCUACAGGAUCCUGAUUUAAUGGCACACUUUACAGAUAUUGACACUGUCAAAAGAAUCGCAGAGCUACAUCCUGUACUUAUCGAGGCAGCUCAGAAUAUCGCUGCGGCUGUGCACGAAGAAGCGCACAAUGCAGCGUCCAGCGGCUCGAGCAGUUCGAUGGCCAGCUCCCAGGCUACUGCACGCUCUUAUAGCGUGGAUAACCUGAGCUUGGAGGAGGAAAUGGCGCGUGAUAUCGCCAAUUUCUUCUCUACGCAUCCCAUGAACGACAACUUGCGCUUCCCCGAUCCAUCUGCUAACAACUCCCAGGCGUCAUCACAACGAACAGAGAAUCCAGCGUCUUCUACGUCGACCGGAGCUGGUGGAGGUGCUAACCAAUCAGCGACUGCUAACCAGAGCACCGGUGUGGUAACACCUCAGAUGUUCAUGGAAGCGAUGAGACAAGUCGCACUGGCGACUGCCAAUCCGGCGGCGCAAGCUGCAUCGUCCCCGGUGGCAUCCUUGUCCCCGAUAUUGCCACCGAUCUCUCCGCAGACCACCGAUCUGCAGAGACAGCUGGCGCAGAUGCACGAGAUGGGCCUCCAAGACGAUAUGUUGAACGUGCAGGCUCUACAGUUUACCAAUGGCGACGUGCAAGCGGCGAUUGAGCUCGUAUUCAGUGGUUUCGGAGACAACUAAUAGGAUAAAGACUAUGGAACUACGGGAUUCAUUGAUGUAAAUGCUUGGAAGACACAGGAGGAAACGACCUCUGGAGUCUCUAUAGUGAUGAUGGUUCAUCUGGACACGAUUCAUGUAUGCGUGCUAUAAAUUUGUAACGCAAGUCGGUGUUGAAGCAUACGCACGUAAGAUGUGAGAUAUUGUUUUUUGUAAUCGUUCACUACUCGCGCUAUCGAUAACGACGCAACGGGGGCUUGCAGAAUUGGCGUAUAUCUUUCCUGAGAGGACUCCUUCACAGACUACUAUUUUAAUAUUGUUUUCUAGGUCAGUUUACGAUGUAACAUUUGCAUUCGUGAUGGCAACGCGCAAUGAGAUGAUUAAUAUUAAUAUGUCAAUAGAAACGUAUCGAAUAAAAUUGUAAGCUGUUAUGGCGCCUAUGUAUAGACAGCCCGUAGCAUAAGAAAACGCGCGCCGAUGUGGAAACCGGAGCCGAUCGGAACGGUAAUCGUUGUUAACUUAAUUUUGCACGAUCUCUCAAAGUAAUGCUUCUUCUUUCUUGCUACUCGCACAACAUAUGUCGUUACGUUCGCGACGGACGAAAAUCUGCUAAUCAGAUUUGCAAAGUGCAGCGCCGCGGUGAAAGUUCGUUCACCGCGUGCGAGCCACGUGGCGCCGACGCUUCAUUGUAUAUAAAUGUAUCAGUGCCGAAUGCUC